UAACUGCAGAGAGGAUAUCAUUUGAAAGCCAAACUACAUUAUAUGAGUAGGACACAGUCAGACCGCAGCGUAGGGGAAAAGAAAGACGGAAGCUCGACGAUGCUCUCAUCAGGAACAAUCAAUCAUUGGCAAGGAUUAAGAGAGUUUCUAUUUUUCGUUACAAGUUUGGGUGUCGUAGGAAUUUUGGUUCGUUAAUCUGUCCGGCACAUGUCGAGCAGCACGGUCGUGCACUCCUCGGCAGAAUGGAAAGCAAGUUCCUCCUCACAGAUGAAUCAAUGGCAGUAUACCCUCAUGCCAAUACAAGACAUGGUCACAAGGAAACAAGGGUUUCCAAGUCCCGUUUCUGUUCAAGUUGCCGUCAUCAGGAUUCGCAAUGCUGCGAUAAAACGACUGAGUGUCUCUGCAGCGCCUGCUUGCUGUGCGUUUGUUGUCCUCUGGCCGUGGUGUGGGGUUGCGUCAAACUCCCCUGCAAGAUAGGAUGGCAUGCUGCCAAACGUGCAAAGCACUGGGCUUGUUGUGGGUCUGACACGAGGGAUUUUGCGUCGUAUUCUUCGUUUUCUGAUAUCGAUUCGGAUGCUCUGCCAAGAGAUACGCACGGAGGCUCUAAGCCUUUGUCUGAUCCGAAGAAGAGAACGACACAGACGGCUAAUGGAUUGGAGUUUUCCAGGGCUACAGCUGGCCGGAAUUCCAGGUAGAAAUUCUGGGUGGGUUCUAUAUUCCUCCAAAGUCACGCAGAAAAACCCGGCUACUUCGUUUAUAUCUUUCAAUUCCCGAUCUUGAUGCCCGAUUCGUCAUUGUUUCGUGAUGUUGGAUUGCGUGAUACCAAGUGUUUGAUCCCUGUAUAUAAUUUUAUGGGGUCUGUAUGAGUGGGGAGAACUUUUUGGUUUUGGAUUUAGAUGAUUUUUGCUCCAUUAGGGUUUGGAUUGCGUAGAAGCAAUGUGAAAGGUGCAUAUGCAAUUGACACACUCUCUUUUCUGCUCAUUGUCACAAGUGCGCGAUCCUAAAUAAUCCAUAAAUUGUCUGCACACCACGCGUUCGCAAGAAUGCGAAAGAGGCUUUCAACGAGCUCACCCUGCACUUCAGUUUUAUGCGGAAUAAGUACAUGUAUUUGGGGGGCCGGAAUGAGUAUAUGACAUAUGUAUGAGUGUUUAUAAGUAAAUAGUAUGCAUUUUGUUAUUUAUAGUGGAAAUAUAUGUUACUUUUAGUAUACAUUCAA